AGGAUGCCUGCCAUAGAUGUGGGCGAAACGUCAGGAGAGAAUGCUUCUGGAACAUGGCCAUACAGCCCGAAAGACAUACAACAACCCUAAGCAAGGAAGGUUUAUAUAUAUAUAUCUGUGGAAAGUCCAGGGUGUGAGAAGAACUCUGUGUCAGUUGGAAAGCCAGUGUGAAUGUUGCAGCUGAUCACCUUAAGUGCAACAUUCCAAUGAACCUUUCCAAUGCUAAUUAAGGUGAUUAAAUGCAACAUUCACCCACAUGGCCCACAUGGCAGGCAUCCCCAGAGGUUGUGAGGCAUGCACUCUUUCCUUCUUUCUCUCUCUCUCUCCUUUCUUUCUCUUUCUCCAUUCAUCCAAUGCUUUUUCAUCAUUUCAAAAUGUAUUUGUUAUGCAAUGCUUUUGACACGAAAUAAAAAUUCUCUCUCUCUCUUCCCCCCUCCCUCCCUCCUUCUUUCUUCCUGGGGAGGGAAGGAGGGCAAUGGGUCAAGGCAAGCAAUUGGGGAGACCGGGAUGCGGAGAGUACUUUCUCCCCGGAAUAUUUCCAAGCGGGCAGAGCGAGCCCCGUGCCGGGAGGGUGGGGCCAAGGAGGGCCGGAGGCCAGGCGAGGAGACUGAGCAUGCGCGACACAGAAGACAGCCCCCCCCCCCCCUUCUAAGACUCGCAGGGCCGCUUUGGAUCUGGAGGAGGGUCAGGCUCCCUUCUCCGGGAAGGUCCCUGCACAGCUGAUGCCAGGCGCCCGGGAACGCGAUGGUGCUGGACUCCGGGAGGCGGCCCUUCCGCCCGCCCUCUCCGCCGCGCCUGGGGGUCUUCGGCCCAGACCUCCCCGGGAGGAGGAGGAGGAGGAGGAGCCCCCCGCCCAAGGGAGAGUGCCCCCCGGCCCCGUAUGACGGGCACCCCCCUCCGACCCCCUCGCUGUCGCCCUCCCUCUCCCUGGAGUCGGACUCCUCCUCCUCCUUGGCUCCCCCCGCCCACACGGCCCCCCGGGGAUGGAUGCGCCGGAGCGAGAGCAGCUGCGCCGUGAACCGGAGGGAGCCCCGGGGCCGGCUCCUGCGCAGCGCCAGCUCCCUGCCGCACCUGGCCAGGGACAAGGGCGGAAAGGGCCGGAGGAGCCCCUGCCUGCUGGUGGCCUUGCGCCCCACCAACCUGGAGCAGGAGAAGGCCUCCUUCUUCCGCUCCUCCUUCGCCUACAACCCCCAGUUCCAGUACGAGGAGCCACUCCCCACAGCCGUGCUCGACAAGUACCGGGAGGCCUCCGGGCAGUUCCUCCCCCAGGCGCUGCGCAUCAUGCAUGCUGUCCUGGACCGGUACGGCACCUACGAGGACUUUGAGGCCAUCAACGGCGGGAAGCUGCUCAGCAAGGGCCAGAUCUGGUCGGUCAUCCGGAAGUACCUGCAGAAGGAGGGCUGCUCUGGGGAGGUGGUGGUUCAGCUGACGGAGGACCUCCUCUCGCAGGCCGUGAUGAUGGUGGAGAACAGCCGCCCCACGCUGGCCAUCAACCUCUCGGGGGCCCGGCAGAACUGGCUGGAGGGGAUGCUGCGCCACGAAAUCGGCACACACUACAUCCGUGGGGUGAACAACGCGCGGCAGCCGUGGCACACCCCUGAGGGCCGGCAACAGUUUGGUCUGCAGGCGGCCAACCCCACGGAGGAGGGCCUGGCCAGCAUCCACAGCGUCCUCUUCCGCAAGCAGCCCUUCCUCUGGCGGGCCGCCCUCCUCUACUACACCGUCUACCAGGCCGGGCACCUCUCCUUCGUCGAGCUCUUCCAGCAGCUGGAGCCCUUUGUGCGCGACGCCAACGUGCGCUGGGAGUACUGCGUGCGGGCCAAGCGCGGCCAGGCCGACACCUCGGGGCCAGGCUGCUUCAGCAAAGACCAGGUCUACCUGGACGGGAUUCUCCGCAUCCUGAGGCACCGGCAGACCAUCGACUUCCACUUGCUGGCCGCGCUGGGGAAGGUCUCCUACGAAGACGUGGAGCGGCUGAAGGACCUCGGGGCGCUGGAGAAGGCCCGCAUCCCCCACUUCAUGCUGGACCUGGAGCGCUACAUGCAGCAGCUGGACCACAUUGUGGCCACCAACCGCCUGGACGAGGAGGAGCUGGAGCAGAUGCUGCCGGACUGAGCCCCGGCCCUUGAUGGACCCGCCCCAGAGCGGCCCAAGCUGCUUGCUUAUUCCUUACGCAUAGGGCGUCUCUGGAGGGCCUGGCGGAAGUUGCUUGCGUCGUCGCAGUUGACUGAUCCACCGAUGAGGACUUUUGUGGGGAAAGGAAACCCUGGAUGCCCUACCUCUGGAGUGGCUUAUUUAUUUAUUUGGGGGGAGGGCGAGGGGGUGGUGGGAAAGCCGAUUUCCCUGACACUCCUUAGUAUGGCACAAGCCAUCUCCUUUCCCUCCACCUGGCUUUGUCCAGACUUGGAGGUCCAUAGCGUUUUCCCCCUUUUCCGCUCUGCUGCACAGAGCACAUUGUGGGCUCAUAGACCUGGGGGCCAUCUAGUCCAGCCCCUUCCUAGCAGGCAGCGAUGCGCAGCAGAAGCCACUCCGCACGCCCUUUAAAAAAGCAGGGCCCACUGCCUUCCACACUUGCUCCAUCCUUGCUCCAUGCAUUCUUCUACAGCCAAGAAUUACGUGGGGCUGAAGCUGGGCUACAGGUUUGUCUGGAAGAGAAAAGCCAGUCGUCCAAGAAGGGAAGCUUCGUGGUUCUGCACACUGGUCCUCUUUUGGGGCACCUGGGAGUCUCCAGAGUGUAAAAGGAAGAGGCCACUAUAACUAGAAAUGUAAUCCAAUAAUCUAUAUAUAUAAAAGAGUGAUGGAAUCGUGGCGCCAAACAAAACAACAAAACUAAAAGCCCCCCAACCUCAAAAUUUGACAACACAACCCAUCAUCCACGCCUCUAGAUUGAUACAACAAAACAUCACGUCAAGAACCUCCACGGGGCCUUAAAAACCCAGCCGUGAGCCUGGUCCGAGCUGUGGGCGUUGUAUAAACUAUAAAACAGUAAUUUAUUUAUUUAUUUAUUUAUUUGCAGUAUUUAUAUUCCGCCCUUCUUUCUCACCCCGAAGGGGACUCAGGGCGGAUUACAAUGAACACAUAUAUGGCAAACAUUCAAUGCCAAAAGACAAACAACAUACAUUAGAGAGACUCAGAGGCAUUUUUUAAACAUUUUUCCAGCUUCACGAUUCCAGCCACAGGGGGAGCUGUUGCUUCACCGUCCAGUAGUGGCUGUACUUCCUCAUUCCUUUCCUCGUGUUUUGCUGGCAGUUUUAUGGUGUUGUAAAUUAGCCUCCCGCAUAAAGUGUCCCUAAAUUUCCCUAAUUGACAGGUGCAACUGUCUUUCGGGGCUGCAUAGGUCAACAGCAAGCCGGGGCUAUUAAUGGUCGGAGGCUUAACCCGACCCGGGCUUCGAACUCAUGACCUCUCAGUCAGUAGUGAUUUAUAGCAGCUGGUUACUAGCCAGCUGCGCCACAACGCGGCCCCGCAUACAAUUUCUAUGUAUGCUAUUGUCAUAGAACAUUCAAUGUACAGUCAAGGAUGAUAAAGAAUCAAAAUAUACUAAAUGCUUCACAAAACACGUCUCUAAACCAAGAUAUAAUCAGUGUGUUACCAACACACAUACAUUCAUAGAAAGUAGAACUCUAUAUUCAGAGUUUGUGAGUCCAAUGACCACCAGAGUUCAUGUUUCACAUGGAGGACUGUAUAAAUCACUAAUUGUGAGUCCACAUCUAAAAGUCCAAGUUAGUGAUUUUUUUUGUGAAGCAUUUAGUAUAUUUUGAAUUUUUAUCAUCCUUGGCUAUACAUUGAAUGUUCUAGAACAAUCUAUAUAUAUAAAAGGGUAAUGAAAUUUCGGCCUAGGGCAAAACAACAAAACUACACAUCCCAGAAACACUAAACUUGGCAGCACAACCCCUCAUCCAUGCCUCUACGUUCAUACAACAAAAAGCUCCAGCUACUCCAGAAAACGGCCAGGCUUUGAGACUGCAAGGCUAUUCACUGCUAUUCCACCUGGCCAACACAGGAUUCCCAUAAGCCACAGCAACGCGGGGCCGGGCAAAGCUAGUAGCAUAUAUAGAAAUUACUGUUUUAUAGUUUAUAUUAUUGGAUUACAUUUCUAGUUAUAGUGGCCUCUUCCUUUUGCAUUUCAGGGAAUCCCUUCUUUGUAUUAGUCUCCAGAGUGUGGCAGGAGACCCUCCCCAAACCCUUCUUUUCCUCCUCAGAGUGGGGGGAGGCAAGGCCAGAUGUGGAGCACUGGGCAACUGUACAGGGCAGCCGAACUGCCACGUGCUUGCAGGGCUUUCGAUGUAUCUUAGUGAGUCUGUCACGCUCAAGAAUGGAUGGACAUCUGUUGGGGGUGUUUUGAAUGCGAUUUUCCUGCUUCUUGGCAGGGGGUAGGACUGGAUGGCCCAUGAGGUCUCUUCCAACUCUAUGAUUUUAAGUACUGUAACAAAGAUCAGCUGAACAUUUGGAGGAGAAAAAUGAAAUGUGGACCUAUGAGGUUCGGUGCCUGAAAACAAAUUCCUGGAUUGCGCAGAAAGCUUUUUUUUUUUGGGAGGGACCCUGGACCUCCCGCGCCCUACAAUAAAACAUUUUGCAGCUCACAAAAGAGCGCAGUGCGA